AUGGAGCACCCAGACUACUCCAUUCUGUCCGAGGUGACAAGUGGAAAUGAUACGACAGACGUGUCCGCGGCAUCCGAGGCCCACCAGGCGCCGCUAGCGCUCAGGUUCCUGGACGUGCUCGACGAGCCGGGGGAGACCGAGGAACCCGAGUUGGCCGAGUUGGCCGAGCAGUCCGAGGAGCCCGGCGGGUCCGAGGUGCACGGGGUAUCUGAGGAGUCCGAAGAGCAAGGCCAGCUAGACGAGUCCGAAAAGUUGGAGGAGCCCACUGAGUGGGACAAAGCCCCUGAGGCCCACAAACCUCCCGACGCCUACGAGCUCCGUAAGCCUCGUAAGCCUCGGAAGAUUAAUGAGAACCUGGAGCUAGGCGAUGCCAAGUUACUUUCUCCCCUAGCAGUGACUAUCUCCCCGUCCCUGGUGGUCAAGUCUCAGCCACAGGUUCAGCUGUCUUCCACGUGCGAUCCUGUUUGUGGUAAAUUUGUAAGGAAAUGGAAAAUAAUCCAGAAUCUUGCUAGGCCUAAGAAGAAAUGGGGAACCCCAGAGAGAAAACUGUAUUGGGGAAAUCAAGAUCCUAUUCGCCCUAUUUCCCAGAGUGCUUUGAAGGCUCGGCUGACCAAAAGACUUGAGUCCCUUGCCCAGCACAAGAAAGUGUCCCACCGAUACGUACCUAAUAGGUCUCUAUAUUACUACAGCUGUGGUAGAGAGUCUGUUAUCUGGGAGAUCCCUUCUCCUGUACUAUUUAGCCAACCCUCCAAAAGGAUCCACCAGCUGGCACAGCCCAAGAGACAUGAAGAUGACGAUCUAAGAAAUAGGCCCUUCAGUGGUAACAUAAGGGAUUCUUUUAAAAUCCCCGAUGCUUCUCCGCGGAUAUUAAGACUCUCAAUAGCCAAAGGCACAGAUCCAAACUAUCUUCCUCCAAAAAUCAGUGACACUAGGAUUUCAAUUUCUGUUCUGAGUGCUGUUGCAACUCCAAGAAUUGUUGACCUUGCCCACCCAAGGAUCAAGUUAGAGGGGCUGUGCUACGAGAGAGAAAAAAGUGAAAUGCCCAUCCGUCCUGUAUCCAUUGCUGCCAUGCAAGCUAAAGCUAGCCCUCGAAUAACAACUCUAGCAAAGAACAAGUCAGUUCAUCAAGAUUAUGUACCAGUCCGUGAUGUAAGCUGGCCAGUAUCUCAUGCUGCUAUCCAUUGCAAAGUUUCUUCCAGAAUCCAGGAGCUAGCUAAUCCAAGUUCAAGGAGUCCUGUGUGUAUUGUCUACUAUGAUCCAGACGUCUUUAAAGUCAAGCCUGCUGCUAUGAAUGCUCAGUGUUCUCCAAGGAUCCGGGCGCUGGCAGAACCUAUUAAGCGUUAA